AUGGUGAAGCAUGAAAAAAAUAUCCAAUUACAAAGGUUGAACGAACAAAAAAGUAAAAACAUAAUCUUAAAUCGUGUUGAAUGUAAUUGGUUUGUAGUAUGCUGGUUUAAAUAUCCUACGAUAUAUGGAUAUGAGUCGAGUUGGUGCAGAAUUCAAAUGGAAAUGAAGAAAAUCAGAUAUUCAUAA